CUCUGGUGACUCUGGGUCAUGAGAUCUGACACACAGAUAAUCACAUAUUUACAUAUAGACAUACAGGAAGAGGAUUGCUGAGAAAAAGGCUGAUACUUACUUACUUACACACACACACUGAUACACACACACUGAUACACAUAAACAAUUGUAAUGUACACACACAUGACUGACACACAGACAGCAGUAAGUACACACAGAGCCAUUGGCACACAGACAGCAGUAACAUAUUUACAGAGGAACUGGCACACAGGCAGCAGUAAAGUAUACACAGAGCCAUUGGCACACAGACAGCAGUAACGUAUUUACAGAGGAACUGGGACACAGACGGCUGUAACAUACUUACAGAGGAACUGGCACACAGACAACAGUAACGUACUUACAGAGGAACUGGCAAACAGACAGCAGUAACAUACACACAGAGGGACUGGUACACAGAUAGCAGUAACAAACUUACAGAGGAACUGGCACACAGAGAACAGUAACAUACUUACAGAGGAACUGGCAAACAGACAGCAGUAACAUACACACAGAGGGACUGGUACACAGAUAGCAGUAACAAACUUACAGAGGAACUGGCACACAGACAACAGUAACAUACUUACAGAGGAACUGGCAAACAGACAGCAGUAACAUACACACAGAGGAACUGGCACACAGACAGCAGUAACGUAUACACAGAGCCAUUGGCACACAGACAGCAGUAACAUACUUACAGAGGAACUGGCAAACAGACAGCAGUAACAUACACACAGAGGAACUGGCACACAGACAGCAGUAACGUAUACACAGAGCCAUUGGCACACAGACAGCAGUAACAUACUUACAGAGGAACUGGCAAACAGACAGCAGUAACAUACACACAGAGGGACUGGUACACAUAUAGCAGUAACAUACUUACAGAGGAACUGGCAAACAGACAGCAGUAAUAAACUUACAGAGGGACUGGUACACAUAUAGCAGUAACAUACUUACAGAGGGACUUAUAGAGGGACUUGCCCUAGAGGUUUACCCAGAACCAUGGCCCUCAUGUGGGAAUUUCUCUUUGGGCUACUAAUCUUCUGGGCUCCAGGGUCUGGAUUUCCAUUCUCUGCCCCCCUUGAUCUGAAGCAGCUUGGGCUAAACUAUGGAUGGAGGAACCUGACUUGUCCAACAUGCAAGAUUCUCUUCACAGCGCUGGAUCUCAGCUUAGAGAUGGAGACUAAUAUGGAAAGGGUGGCUGCAAUAGCAGAGCGGGUGUGUAUAGAUCUGCACCUGGCAGAACCAACCAUUUGCCAUCAGGCUGUUCAGCUCUUCAAGAAGGAUAUGAUCAUGUCGUGGAUCUUGUCAUUUCUACGUCCGUCUGAGGCAUGUGGACUGCUUGUGGGUGACAGUUGUGGUCACUGGGAUAUUGGCUCUGCUUGGAACAUCUCUUUACCCUCUGUUCCCAAACCACCUAUAAAACCGCCUGUCCCACCACAGCCUGGUGCCCCCGCCUCCCGAAUCCUCUUCUUGACAGACCUCCAUUGGGACCGCAGUUACACUCCUGGAAGUUCCUUUACCUGCAAGGAGCCCCUGUGCUGCAGGGGGCCCCCCACAGCUGGCAAGCAAGGGGCAGGGUAUUGGGGGGAUUACAGUAGGUGUGAUUUGCCCCUGCAUACCAUUACUUCGCUACUACAACAUGUUUCCAACCAUGGCCCAUUUGACAGGGUGUACUGGACAGGAGACAUACCCGCUCACAAUAUCUGGGAGCAGACACGGAGCCAGCAGUUGGACACUUUACAAACAGUCACUACUCUAAUUAAAAAGUUCCUGGGAAAUGUUCCUGUUUACCCAGCAGUAGGCAACCAUGAGAGUGCCCCAGUCAACAGCUUUCCACCUCCCUAUGUGCAUGGGAACGAGUCAUCAAGCUGGCUAUAUGAUGCCAUGGCAAAAGAAUGGGAGGACUGGCUGCCCACACCAGCGCUGGGCACACUAAGGAAGGGCGGGUUCUACACCCUAAAGCUGGGCCCUAAGCUGCGCCUGGUGUCUCUGAACAUGAAUUUCUGUGCACAUGAAAACUUCUGGCUGCUCAUAAACACCACAGACCCAGCUGGGCAGCUCCAGUGGCUUGUAGAUGUUCUGCAGGAGGCGGAGACCAACCAUGAGAAGGUUCACAUUAUUGGUCACAUUCCUCCCGGCAUCUGUAUGAAAAGUUGGAGUUGGAAUUAUUACAAAAUUGUUAACAGGUAUGAGAGCACAAUCACUGCCCAAUUCUUCGGACAUACGCAUCUGGAUGAGUUUGAGAUAUUCUAUGAUGAAGAGACCCUUUCUCGUCCGCUGUCAGUGGCCUUUAUUGCUCCCAGUGUCACCACAUUCAUUAACUUAAAUCCAGGUUUCCGUGUUUACCAGGUAGAUGGCGAAUACCCAGAGAGCUCCCACAUGGUUUUAGACCAUGAGACGUAUAUUCUCAAUCUGACAGAAGCCAACGCAAAACCAAAAGAAGAGCCCAAAUGGAUAUUUCUUUAUAGUGCUCUUAGGACAUAUGGUAUGAAAUCUGCAUAUCCAGCGGACUGGGAUGACCUUGUGAUGAGAUUACUGAGUGAUGAUCAGCUCUUCCAGACAUUCUGGUUCCUGCACCACAAGGGCCACGUGGAUGAGGUAUGCCAUGAUACCUGCAAGACCACUCUAUUGUGCAGCCUUCAGACUGGAAGAUCCAAUGAUCCACAGCUUUGUCGUAAUCUAAGAACCCCAGGGAAGCCUUUCUGGAAGCGGCCACAAUUGUGCUGACGGAGGCAGGGUUUAUAAUAAAGUAGCUAGAUAUUUCCCAAAUGUCUUGGACAAGAAACUGAGUCAUGAGCAGUUCUUGACUUGGAUCACAGAGACUUCUAAUCCUUACCCACAAUAUAAUGCCUUCCGCAGUUAUGUGUGAAGUGAGCAAGGAGGAUCCAGAAAUAAGUCUUCCUAUUUACAGUGCCUACUGACCAUGGUAUACAGUCCUUACUGACCAUGGUAUACAGUGUUUAUUGACCAUGGUGUAGAGUCUCUACUGACCAUGGUGUACAGUGCCUAUUGAUCAUGGUGUACAGUGCCUACUCGCCAUGGUGUCUUCUGCAUGUAUUAUAUUUGUAGAAUUAUUUCACUUGGCCACAGCUAAGGACACAUUUAUUUAAAAUGAAUGAAUAUUACCACCUAAUUUAUAAGAAUCUGAGUAAAAACUACUAUAAAGUUUUAAGAAUAUAGUGUAUAUGCAGAAGUUCUUAUAAGACUUAAAGCAACAAGUAACCCUCAGCCGGCUAUCUGGAGAAUCCGGGAUGAAUUUGAUGUAACUCACAUUUCUCUGAUAACUUAAUCUUCUUCAGGUGUCACAUUAUUCCCACUGCUGCUUGAAUAUUCUAUGGUAUUUUAAGAAAUAUAUCUCAGGAUUUUUGCUGUGGCAGAGCUAGCACUCACUUUAUGUCUUGUACAAUUUAUUCAUCUCUCAGGCAGACUCAGAGAGGUGGGACUAUGAUGAAACAAUCGGAGGCAGAGCUGGAAAUAUGGGCAGGUUAUGAGUGUGUUCAGCUGUGCUCCACUGCUACAUUUCCACAUUAUUUAUCUUUUUAACUAUUUUUUUUUUAUUCUAUUUUGUUCUCUUUUCUCUGUAACAUCUUCCCCCUGAGCCGGUUUCCUGGUGUGUGACUGUUGACCCCUUGAGUUGACAAGUAUCGUCCCCUUUCAAGCAUUGAUUACCCUUAACAAUUUACUAUAAAUGAGACUUGUUCUUUGGUAUAUUUUGGCCACAGCCUUUCAUUAAAUAACCAUUUAAAUAGAACAUAAAUAAAUAACUCUUUAUAACCACAUAUAAUUAUAUUAACUGGAACCAGCUAGAACACACCCCUGAAAUGCUAGUCCCAUUUUAAAUCUUCAUCCUCCAUUAACUUGUUGACCAGGCAGUACUUUAUUACCUCAACUUAAAAUAAGUCCGUUAUUUUACCCAUAGCUCCAAGGAACCUGCUCUCCCACCCCGUGGGGAGGUUAACCCAUUGGUUUAUUGCCGUAGUCAACUUGCUUACAUGAGGGGACUAACACCACCAUCGCUGUGACAAAUAUAAAAAACAAAACACUGAAAUAUGGGGAGGGAGGGCAACUUGCUGCCUGCUCUAACUUUUUCUUCUUUGAAGAUGGCCGCCACUCCUCUCUCUUACCCCAUGGCCUAAAUAAGACCCCACCCCUUUGAUGUCAUGGAGACUAUCUCCUCCCAUGAGUCAAAGGCCCCCUCCCUCUAUACUUUGCUUCGUCCAGGGGCUGACUUUAUUUGUGAUUAUUGUUUUUAUUUAUUUAUACACAAAUGUUAUAUUUAUCCAUAAAACAAGCACUGAAUGACGCUGACUUUACACCACUUAUGAUCCUUUAUCUUUAUUCUUUUCUUUAGUGUCAGUGAGUCUGUCCAUCAUACAUUUCCCAGAAUGCACUGUGGUUUUGUGAUGCUUCUUUAAGUUUCUUAAAACAUUGUACUUAUCAUGUGAUCACUGAUGCAAGGUCAAAAUUCUGACAUCUACAAGAUAUUCUCUCCAGUCUCUCUGGAAGUUAAAUUCUAAAGAAAGGUGCAGCAAUAAACAAAUGAACACAUUGCACUGUGUUUUAUUGCCCAUCAUGAGAUGUUUUAUGGAGAAUCCAACUUGAGUUUUAUGUCCCUUUAAGAGGCUUUUUAAGUGGUGAUUGAUUUUGUGCGGCAGUGUAUACAGUAGAUGCAUAACAAUGAAUUGAAUGCUCCUUGAGAUUAUUUUAUUAAAUGAACCAAGCCCAGAAUCGUCUGCACAUUCACAGUCACAAAGCGUCCUCUUGUCUGGUGAGAUAUGUAAUUGUUACUACUGAACCUCUUUACUAUACUUAGCUAUAAUUAGCUUGUGCUGACAGUUUAGGGCACAGUGUUUGGUCUUAAUCAUUUUGAUUUAUUUUAUUAAUCAAUAAAAAUGUUUAAAUUAUUA